UACGAGGAACUAUGCCCCCGUUAGGGUGCUUACUUGGAAGAAAGUUCCCUACGAUGUCGAAAAACAAAUGAUUGCUCGUAUCACGACCAAGUUUGACAUUGAUGUCACGGAGCCCCAUGUACUCAAAUGGCUGAAGCACAAAUUCUGUAAGAGAUUCAACAGCUUCCGGAGUGCCCUACACAAGAAAUUCAAAGCAUAUGCUACUAAGGAGGAAGCAUUACAGAAUAGACCAGAAGAAAUUAAAGAUCUCGAUGAUUGGAUAUAUCUUUGUGACCUUUUUUCUAGUGAAAAGUUUCAGGCACGGUCAAAAACUUAUUCUGAGAACCGGUCGAAGAUGAGGUGUAACCACCACAGUGGAUCCAAGAACUUUAUCCAACACAAAAAGGAAAAGGAUAAGGCUGAAAUUUAA